AUGCUUGCUUCUGAUUUUUCGCCAGAGGAGCUGAUAUUCCAGCUUACCAAUGUGGGAGGAGCAAGUACGCCUGUAAGAGCCACUAACUUGUCCAAUUCUACAACUCCCGGUUCUGUCGGUUCCCACAAGUGGGCACGGCGCUUCACCAAAUUCUCUAGGUCAAAAAAGACGUUUCCCAGCCCUGAAGAUGAAAGUUCUUUCCCCAAGCCACGGAAUAUCCAUCUUAUGGCCCCUGAAAGCAAACCAUCACGCGUGGGUCUUGCCGCUCCUCGUAGUGCUUCGACUGGGCAUAUGGAUCUUCCUCUGAGAUCAGCUUCCAUUCCAAGACCCGAUUCUCAAAUUAUUCUCCCUUCCAACCAUGUUAAAGUUUCGGCUUCCAAAUGUUUGACAACUCCAGAUUCACUGCCAUCGCCCCGACAAACAAGAUCAUCUGAUGACCCCCCUCUUGUACAGCCAUUCGAGUAUUCUCCAUCUUCAAUGCGAAAGAAAUCUUACGUAAAUGGGUUAUGUUGUCUCUGUGAUGAGAGAAUCUCCUGGCGCGCAUUCGGAGAAAAAGUCAUCACGCUUAGUUGUGAACAUCUGGUGCAUGAGGGUUGCCUUUUUGCUUCUUUUGAGUACUCUUUUUGCUCGACCACCGAUCAAUUAUUCCCUUUAUGUGGCAAAUGUGGCAAUGGUAAUAGGUGUCAGCCUUCAGAUCCGGGCUUGAAAGAUAAGAUGAUUUCUCAGAUCUUGAUUGGUGGUAGUCCCAAAAUUAAAGCGAGGAACAAAUUUAAUCCUGUUCACCGCGACAUCAAAGCUCAGGAGCGUCCCAAGUCUCCACUUUUCAUACCAGAACCCUUGCAUGAUGUUACUUCGAAGAUUGGAAGCAGAAAGUUGAAGGCUUUGUCGGCAAAUGGUUCGAUGAGUGGAAGCCAGUUAUUGAACCAUGUUCUCAGAGGAAGCGUUAUAUCAGGAAUUUCAUCUGUUGUUUCAUCUGUUCCCAAAUCAUCGCCGGCGGUGGAUCAGAUCGUUGAAAAAUCGACAUCUGGCACUCCCGAUGUAAUCCCAAAUGCUCUUUUACGCUCAUAUUUCACACAGAUGUUGCUGUGUAAUUUUCCUGAUGAUUUUACAGAGUGGGAAAUUGAUGCAAAAUUCGGCCCCUUGAGGCUUGUCGAUAAGCUGAUGUACUCAGAGGAUGGGAAAACUUACCAACAUGCGUGUUGUUUUCUAUUCACGAAUGCUCUCCUUAUUGCACCGAUUUUGCAGGACUCAACUCCAGGGAAUUCUUUAGAUCUCAAGCUUGAGCGUUUUACAGUUUUUUGCCCUAUUGCUGAUAUAACCGUCACUACUAUCGAUUCCUCGCUUCUCCAAUGCACCAUCCUGAAUCAAAUUGCAGAUACGAAACUAGUGCAUGGGGUAACACUUUACCUUACUGAAGAACUAAACUCGAGUGCUAGUAAUGUAAUCCAAAAAUGGAUAUCUGCCCUUUUGGAUUUUACAAUAGUUUUCAAUCAUGACACGUUCUCUGCAACACUUUUCCUGCCCGCCGUUGCUGCUAAUAUGUGGGGAAGCAACUCUUCGCUUUGUGUUACAAAUGAAAGAGGUUCGAAACUGCAAUACGUUGAUGAGCAUGACAGCGAAGUAAUUGUAAGGAGGAGUCUUGUCACUUCAGAAACUGGUCAAAACCACAGAGCUACAAUAACUUCCAUUUUGUCGUUGAAACGUGAGCGACCUGAAAGCUUGAUAGUAGUGUUACAGUUAAGCUUUCGAUACUUGAAUGAUUCUGACACGUUAAUAAUAAGAAAUAGCCUGAAAGCUUUGACGUUCAAAUUUCCGGGAGCCAGAAUGUGUGUUGUUGACGCUUUGGGCAGAAUAGUAACUUACGGCGCCAUAAAUGAUAAUCUAUCUGAGAUUGGAAAAGCUCAAGAAGAUACCAACUGUAGCUCUCGGGCUAAAUUCACACCUGAAUUACUAAAAAGUUGGCAGAACACGGAUUCUGAUGAACGUUUAGCCAUCGCUAUUUUUUCUAAUUCUCCGAUGGAAGAAGGCAAAUCAUGUUUAUUCAUGGACUACAAGGUGUUCGCUAAUGAGAACAGAAGGGAGGCUAACGAACUAAAGGUUCGCGUGGGCUGCUUGAAUUUUGAUUAUGCCGAUAAGAUACAUCAGCUAGUAGAAAUUGCUUCCUGGAGCAAUUUGUUGGAAAUAGCAUGUUACAGUUUUAAUUUUUCCUUUGAUGAAGAAGAUAGUGAAGAUUCUGAUCGCAGUUCGGAAGAUGAAGACGAGGUAGACGACAGAGUGGAUGAAAUACAAAUGGAAUUUGGCAGCACUGAAACAUCUCUGGUAGCGAGCUCAGACUCUACUUCCAGCAGCAAUGAAGUAAGGGAAAAUUCACUUUCGGCGAGAAAUCAAACCCCCCUUUAUGAUAUAGUCAGUCCUUCAGACCUUGUUCCUUGUAAAGAGCUUUUCUUGACUUCAUCUUCAAAUUCAGGCUUUAGUCCAAAUUUACCCGCGGCGACUGAACUCCUUCAAUUUGAUUGUUCUCCUCCUCUUUCUGGGACAGUGAGCCCUUCUGAGUUUUUGAAAAAUGGUAUUAACCCAGCAGAGGAUGCAUCCUUGCUCCAUCUGGAGGAAUUAAGAUGGAGUUCCUUCUUUGACGGCAUCAGUAAGGCAUUGGAUGACGCAAUUCAGCGGCAAAAAUGCUCGAAAAAAUCUCCUGAAUGUAAUUCUGAGUCCCUUUCUAUUAAUUUUUUAUGA